AGAAGAAGAAGAAGAAGAAGAAGAAGAAGAAGAAGAAGCAGAAGCAGCAGCAGCAGCAGAAUGAGUAAGAGUCUAGUCUAGUCUGAUGUGGGACUUCCUGGUCAGACAGUGCCUUUCACAAGAAUCAGAAAACGCAAUUUGUCAGACUUCUGUCCGCUAACUCAAUACAUAAUCUAAGUCAUCGGGUUUCAAAAUUAUUUCGACUGUGUUAUUUCGCAGCGGUUCCCAAAGAGGGUAUUCAUCAACGUUACUCACCAUCAAAGUUAGCUAGUAAGCUAACGUUAACGUUAGGGCUCUGCUGUUCUUUAGCGAUGUCCGCUUCGGCUGGAUGCUCCCCGGCGGGCCAGAGCUCGAGCCUUGGCCCUGGUAUGUCCAUGUUUCGCUGGCUAGAAGUGCUGGAGAAAGAGUUUGACAAGGCCUUCGUGGAUGUGGAUCUGCUGCUCGGAGAAAUAGACCCAGAUCAAGUUGAUAUUACGUACGAGGGUCGGCAGAAGAUGACAAGCCUAAGCUCCUGUUUUGCUCAGCUCUGUCACAAAACCCAGACGGUUUUCCAACUCAACCAUAAACUAGAGGCUCAGCUGGUGGACCUGCGUUCUGAGUUGACUGAGGCUAAGGCUGAGCGGACAACGGUAGAAAGGGAGGUCCAUGACCAGCUCCUGGAGCUCCAUGCUCUCCAGCUGCAGCUUCAUGCCAAGGAAGGCCAGGCUGAGGACUCUGACUCAAUCAAAGACAGACUGAAACAGGAGCUUGAGGCCAGCAAGAAGGAGAAAUUAGCAGAGGCAAAGCUGGAGGCAGAAGUGCGACUAUACAAGAAAGAAAAUGAGGCCCUGCGCAGGCACAUGGCAGUAUUGCAGGCCGAAGUGUACGGAGCCAGACUGGCUGCCAAAUACUUGGACAAGGAACUGGCUGGCAGGGUGCAGCAGAUCCAGUUACUGGGUCGUGACAUGAAAGGUCCAGCGCACGACAAGCUGUGGAACCAACUGGAGGCAGAGAUUCACCUUCACCGCCAUAAGACUGUCAUCCGAGCAUGUAGAGGUCGUAAUGAUCCUAAGAAACCUCUUCACUCUCCUGUGGGGCAUGACCCAGACAUGUUGAAGAAAACCCAGGGAGUAGGCCCUAUCAGAAAGGUCGUGUUAGUCAAAGAUGAUCAUGAGGGGCUGGGAAUCUCCAUUACAGGUGGGAAGGAGCACGGUGUUCCCAUUCUAAUUUCAGAGAUCCAUCCAAGUCAGCCUGCAGAUAGAUGUGGAGGGCUGCAUGUCGGAGAUGCCAUCCUUGCUGUCAACAGCAUCAAUUUGCGAGAUGCCAAACACAAGGAGGCUGUCACCAUUCUGUCCCAGCAGCGAGGACAGAUCGAGUUUGAGGUGGUGUAUGUGGCUCCAGAGGUGGACAGCGAUGAUGAGAAUGUGGAGUAUGAAGACGACAGUGGCCAUCACUACCGACUCUACCUGGAUGAACUGGACGACAGCAGCACAGCGCCACCCAGCAAUAGCUCGGCAUCACUGCAAGCUCUGGAGAAGAUGUCACUGAGCAAUGGACAGGAGAAUGAAGGAGAUACUGGGAUCUCCAGUGAGACACCUUCACAGGAAACCCCUUCAAAGCCUCCUGAGACUGACUGCGCCUCCUAGAGUCUCAGCCGAGCCAUUGGUAUUUAGAGAGAUGAUAAGAGGAUUGGUGGGAAAAUCCCUCUCAAAGAACUGAAUCCAAGAAUUCUAUGACAAGCCUAGGGACAAGGGGAAAUUAACAGUUUUUUCCCUUUUUCCUCUUCGUGUUCCGGGGUGGUGGGAUUUGGGGGUCUAGCCUCGGCAUGUGGCGAUGAGGGGUAAUUGUAGUUGAAGUACAUGUUUGAAGAAACCAGAGGUGUAAGAUAUGUAGAGGAGGAGUAAUGGGACUUUUGGGGGGGUAUUUUAUUAAGAUACUAAUGGGAAUUGAUACCUGUAUUUGAAAAAAACAUCAGAAAGAAGGAACAGGGAGGAACAGGUCAUUGUUGAAAAUGUCUUUCAGGGGCCGCUUUUGGAGAGACACUAGAGUGUUUUCCUUUUGUUUGUAUAGUUAUUCAUCUGGUCUUGACAAUGCUAUGACAAGACUAUAUUGUCCUACAGGGGCCGUGGAAGAGGCCAGGGAAAUAUCUCAAAAAGGAAGUGAAUAAAAAAAAUAUUUUAAUGAUUGUUUUACAAAAAGAGAAUAAAUCCGUUAACAACCUUCUCAGAUGUAAGUGAUCAUGGUAGGGAGCAAGGCCAUUCAUGCUCUUUCACAUGAGCUGCUCAAUAAAAAUAUCAAAUUGAAAUCCCAGUUAUUAAUGAUAUGUUCAGGGGGUCUUAAACCCCUUCAGAGCCCAGCAUUUAGCAAAACAGUGAAGGCUAUGUCAUAUGUCCAUUUUAGGCUGAAGGGAACAACUUAUUUUCCCUCCUUUUAGAUAUUUUAAAGCAUAAAAUACUAAACAAAAAAAGCAUGUUAUAACAUCUAAUGCCUGACAUUGCAAAUACUCUCCCAAGUCCUUGAGGACAUUUUUUCAGUGUAUUUGUCAUACUAGUGUAUGACCUCAAAACCCUGUCCUGGUAUUGUAUCCUGUUUAUAAGGUGGUGACUAUAGGUUAAAAAUUCCAUUGAUCCGUUAUCCAGCAAUAGAUUUUUGACCUUGUUCCAUCACUAACAUAUUUUGGCAUGUCACUGUAUGUUGAAUAUACAGGGGUAGAUACAAUAACACUUGAUAUAAUUGAAUACAAUCAUUCUUAAUAAUCGGGUCUUUCUUAACUGUGUAUUGCAGUAUACUGUAUAUUGUUAUUGUUUGUUAUUGUCACACUACAUUCUAUUGUAACAUGUAUUUUGUCAGGAACACCACAAAUUAUAAUGCAGUAAAAUACAACAAACCACUCAAAACUGGGUAGCGCGUUGAAUCAACCCCUCUGAUACAGGCCUCACCAAUGUAUUGUUUGAUGCAAAGAUAUUCAGUUGAAGACAAUAUUGUGCCCAGCGCUUGUAUCAUUUGUCACCACUGCUACCUGCCAGUGUUCUGUCUCAAAGGAACACGAAUAAGUGGAACCCAACGCCAUGACUCUGUGACCUUACACAUUCACAUAUCAGUUUCUUUACUUUUUUGUUAUUCUGUUUCCUUGGAGCUUGGUUUGUGUCUCUAAACUCUUCACAUAUAUGAUGUGCAUCUUUAUAGUUAAUGUAUUCAAAUCAAGCAAUUUAUUUAAUCUUUUAAUAAAGUUUGGUUCCAAUUUGGUUUAUUUGUAAUACA